AUGAAGGCGAUUGUGGACCGCUUCAACAAGGUGCUUAUCGAGGUUGAUCGCGAGGCCGUACGCUUGGAGGAAACCGGUCAGAAGAAACCAUACCGAAUCGGUGAUAACAACCCGGCUUUGCAGCAUCUGCACACUGGCACUCUUGAAUGCCCGAUGGGAUUUAACAUUGAGAUUGAGGGAAGAGACUGGAAGAAACUAGUCAAGACUGCGUUGAAGACAGAGGUCUAUGGCGGAGGGAGCAAUCCGCGACCAUUGUUGGAUCUAGUAAAGGAGAGUGAGGCAAGGCAGGAGACUUGGCAUAAUGGCAGGCAUUCUUGGAGUGAUGAGAUGAAGCACGAUACAGCGCAGGAUCAGAUGUCUCCAGCAAAGCGGGCUACAAACAGGAGCAGCACUAAUACGACGAAGCAACAUAAGAAGCUACGUGAUGAGCAAGAUCCAACCGCACCGCCGCGUCAAGAUGACACUGUUUUCCCAUUCCUCGACAUGGCGGGUGAGAUCCGCAUCGUGAUCUACGAGUACGCAUUAGUCGACAAGGAAAAUUCUACUCGUUUUGCGGCAUGUAAAGGCCAACAACAUACCCGUACUACUGUUGAGCGCUUCUACAGAGUGUGUCUGCUACUUCCAGACCUUGAAGACAUACCCAACGUCCAGGUACCCGGUCUGGAAAAGUUCGGCAUGCGUCACCCCAGGCGUAGCGAUGCUGGAUACAUGCGAAUCGGAGUACAUUUGUCCCAAGUCUGUCGCCAGACCAACCUGGAGAGUGCGCCAGUCUUCUAUGAUAUAACAUUUGACGCUGUUGGACUGACGAUAUUAUUCCAAGGUAAAAACAUAUUCAUCCUCGAAUCUGUAGCCGCCUUCAACGCCUUCUCGCUUCAAUUCAUCCGAAGCCUACCCUUACCCCGCAGGCUCGGUGUAGCAGACCUGUUGGCGCGAAGACCUGGAGUAGUGUUCUCUUUUCCUUUACUCACGAACGCCACACAUUUGGAAGCGCUUUACGUGACCACGCCAAUCAGAUCCAUAAACUCCGGCCAAGCGGCCAAAGCGGCCAAAGAUCUUUACGAAGUAGUUCGCCCUUGGAUGUUGGAGAUGGCCUCCCAGAAGCGUGAUCCUGCCAAAGUCUUCCGGUUGCCAGCGAUCACGACGAAACCUCUUGUCUGA